UUUCAUACGAACGCCAAAACGUACUCAAAUGGCAACACGUUAUAUAUGUUUAAUCGCGCGCGCUACUCGCGCGGACAUAUCAAGUCAAGCGUGGGCAGAGCCAAGCAAGAGCCAAGAGUUGAGUUGUGAGCGCACAUUCGAAAGGUCCUCUAGUUACGUCUACAAGAACCUCGUGUUUAUGUUUGCGGAACACUUUGAAACAACCGUUCUUGUUUAUCACUUCGUAUCCCUCAUCAAUGUGCACAAAAAUAUAAGCAACGAAAACAAAACCGAGUAUAGUAUAUUUGAAUUUUGAAGAGCACGUCAUCUGGCUGGUUCUGCAGUUACGCUGUACCGCAGCGCUCAUUGAAACAAGACCUUAUAGAGCAGCUCGAUCUCUUCCGAAAAUUAAGGCUAUGUCUUAAUUGUAUAAAGCGUUUCAAAUUAAGACAUUGCCUUAAUUUUAAACAUAACCCCAACCCCCCACCCUAACCUCUAACCCCUAACCCCCUAACCCCUAACCGCUAACCCUAAUCCUAGUCUUAGAGAAAACAGUUGCGGUUCAAACACAAGAUUUCCUGAAUUCAAAUAACCUUUAUCCUUCUUUCCAAUCAGCUUAUCGAAAAUUCCAUUCUACAGAGACAGCGUUACUGAAAGUAACUAAUGACAUCUUAAGAACCCUUGACAAUCACCAGGAUGUCAUUCUUGUAAUGCUGGAUCUAUCGUCAGCUUUCGAUACCUUAGAUCACGAUAUAUUAUUGGCAAGACUUGAAUCAUAUUUUGGAUUUUCGGAUACAGUAAUAAAAUGGUUUAAAUCAUAUCUCACUGGACGUUCGCAAUCUGUUGUAAUUGGCGAUGUUGUGUCCACAUUAAGACAUCUUGAAUAUGACGUACCACAGGGUUCAGUAUUAGGCCCCUUGCUAUUUACACUCUACAUAGCUCCACUUGAAGACGUCAUAUCGAAAUACGACCUGGACUUCAUGUUUUAUGCUGAUGAUUCCAAUCUGUAUGUCGCUAUAAAUCCUAAUAAUCCAUUGACGUCCUAUGAGACGCUUAGCGAUUGUAUAAAUGAAGUUAUCUUGUGGAAUACCGGAAAUAUGCUACUUUGUAACCCUGGAAAAACUGAAGUUCUUCAUCUCUCGUCUCGGUUUAAAAAGCAUCAAAAUCUACAAGCCAAUUUCUCAUUUGCCAACACUAUUGUCCAAGUGUCUGAUAAAGUAGUCAACUUAGGAACUGUACUUGACAAGAACAUGACUUUAUCCAGCCAUAUAAAUGAGAUGUGUAAGAAAACCAUUCUAAACAUAAAAUCAAUUGGCCGGAUAAGAAAAUAUCUGUCUAAAGAAGACCUAAAACGACUUGUAAACGCACUGGUAAUUUCUCGUCUUGACUAUGCAAAUAGUAUAUUGUAUGGACUCUCCAAGUACGAGCUGGACAAAUUGCAACGAGUCCAGAAUGCAGCAGCCCGGUUAAUUACAGGGAAAAAGAAAUCUGAUCAUAUAACACCCGUACUGAAACAAUUACAUUGGUUACCGAUUAAAUAUCGAAUAAAUUUUAAAAUAAUUCUCCUAGUUUACAAGUCACUACAUAACUUGGCUCCAGAUUAUCUUCACAAAAUUAUUGAAGAAAGAUGUCCUACACGUACACUUUGAUCCUCCCGAUGUUCACUGCUUUGCACUCCAAAGAUAUACACCACGACAUAUGGAAAGCGUGCUUUUUCUCAUGCUGCCCCGGAACUUUGGAACUCUUUACCAGAAUACAUUAAAUCCGCCGAGUGAGUCUAUUUUAGAAUUUAAAUCUUCCUUGAAGACUUAUUUGUUUAAGGAGGCAUAUGCUUGCUAACAUUAUAGCUAAUAUAUCAUAUAUUAAAAUACUUUGUUCCACUAAAUCUAUUUUAUCUGUAAUAUAAGUUUAAAUUUUAACAAAUAUAUAAUGUAAAUAUAAACUAUUUCAGUAAAUUUAAAUAGUUUUAAGCCACUGUAAGCGCAUUGAGAUUUUUAAAUGCGCAUAAGAACAUUAUUAUUAUUAUUAUUAUUAAUCCAAUCCAAAUCUUUCAAAAGUUAUACAAUUAAGACAUAGCCUUAAUUUUGAGAAGAGAUCAUGUUGUAUAGAGCUAUAUCGUACCCAGAGCCCUAUUUAACGCGCGGUCGAAUGAGCAUAAACGUAGUCUUUCAAAACAUGGUUUGGAAACCUCGCUAAAGUUUUUGUUCGCGUUUAUGCAGUUUUGUGCACGGUCAAAGAACACAUUGUAUUUCAGUAUAAUGAACGAAUCAUCCAAUAGCAACGUUUCAGUUCAGUCAUUCAAGUUGAUUCAACCAUGCUAUUUAAAUAGUACAUAAACCCAAAACAAAGGAUAUGCACGGUGUAAGGUACGGCUCAACAUAACUAAAUCCCAGCUCAUUAUAACCGCUUUGGCCUUUGAAGUUUAAUGAGUUUCAGACCAUGUCUCGAAAGACCAUGCUGGAACGCUUUCCUGGGUACGAUGUUGGUUGUUGGAACGCUAAGGGGGUGGGAUAUUAGUCACGUACGCCGUUCUUAUAACAUGUUAUGUAUAUCAGUGUGUCAGUUUAACCAUGUGGAGCCUCCCCAGAGGAUUGCAGGCUCAGGGUUUGAGAUUGUAGUUUGCAGCCCAUUCUCGUACCCAGAGCCCUUCUUACGCGCGGUGCGGCGAGGGGCUCUGGCCAAAUCCAUAACCGGAUACCAUAAAAACAUGGUAAGAAAACAAUAUCCGGUGUUAGAACUAGCCAAUCAGAUGCCAGUUCGGAAUAUGGAUUUGGCCAGAGCCCCUCGUCGCACCGCGCGUAAGAAGGGCUCUGGGUUCGAGAAUGUUUGCAGCCAAACUUGAAGGCCGGUCCCAGUCUUUUCACGCAUGCGAAGAGCGCGGCCAAUCCUUCAACACGACUGAUGUAUUCUUGAAAACCGUCUUAAAAUUUACAUUAAUGCAUCAUCAUUAUAACAUUUACGUCUAUUAAUGCAUAUAUUCAGGUUAAACUUCCUAGUAGACUUUACGUUUUAAUUAAUAGAUUUUCUCAUUUUUCUCAAUAAUUGUUUAUUGAAAGAGCAUGCUCGCAAAAAAUAGGCAGUUUAUUAAAAAGGGAAAAGCCCUGGGAACGAGGUUGGUUUAUUCCAAGGUAACGUUUAGUAAUUGUUCAGUAAUAUUACGUAAUUUUGACUACAAAUUCGUAAAGCUCUGUGGAGGAGAGGGUCACUGGCAUAAACACGAAGAUAUUCACGGAGAGAAGUUAUCUGGCAGCCGCGAAGCCCUGGCUCUAUUCUAGAUCUUCCGACAGUCACUCUUCGCUUGCUCCUGGUCAGUGAAUUUCUAACGGUCGUUUAAUAAUUGCUAAAAAGGAUUACGAGACUACGCGAGGGACUGAAAGAUUGUUGCUUGUUUUCAAGAUCGUGAAAAAGUGAAAGAAUAAACAUCCGGGCAUUUAUAACAAACCUCAAACUCACCCUAAACCUUUCCACCUUAUCCAACCCUACCCAACCUACCCCCACCAACCCCCACCCUGAAAACGAACUUUAAUUAAAUUUGAGCGCGGAUUUUGGAUCAGGAGUCUGGGUACCACAUGCAUUUAAUUAUUUAAUUGCAAUUUGCAAAGAAUUGUGGGUAAUUCCUAUUGGCCUCGUGAGAAUUUAUACUGAGAAACGAAAAGCUUCGCCUCGAAUUUUUAAUAAAAUUUUCUUCGUAUUUUCAGUCUUUUUAUAUACUUUUUCCAAUCAUGAGCGACAGAGGAGAGAGGUCAGGUUCAGAGGAGAGGGUAAGUUUGUAAUAUUUGAUUGAAAUCGCUGUAAAUAAAGUGAAUAUAGAUUGCUGUUUAAUGGACGCCAAACUGCCACAGAUUUAUAUGGGUUAAAGUAUACCGAUCUUUCUCUCAUCAAGAAAGGUUUUUCGCUUCAAUUUUCUCUCGUGUGACAUAGGUAAAGUUGUGUAUUUGCUUGUGAGGGUUCAUAUUUGUAGUAGCGUGGAAGAAUACUUUUGUGGAAAAUGUAUUUUCAAUAGCAUCUAGCGAAUAGGGUCGAAUAGCCGAGUACAUCAUUGUUGCUACGACGGGUGUUCCCGGUUUGUCAGUUCCUACAUUCUCCCGCCUAAAAUCAAACUAUUGGCAAUAUAUACAUCGAUACAUUUAAAAUUGAAAAUUUCUAAAACAUGGUUGCAUUUGGAUUUGUGGUCGUUUUGUAAAUUUUACAAAUUGAACGUGGAAUAUUAAAUUUAUACCAAAAUCUGUUGCACACUUCCAUACUCGAGGCAAUACUGUAUUGGCUCAUUUACACCAAUUGUCAUUCUGACCUAUGCAUGCACUGACUGCUGACAACCUAUUCCUGUCCAUCGUGUCGAUGGCGAAAUUUGAAAUGAGACAUCUUUAGGCCAUAAAAAUAUAAGUAUUAGGAGGGGUAUAUUGGGGGGUAUUCAAUACUGUAACAUCGCAAGCAAAUUUUGUCAAUAACCACAGUUUUUGAGUCCAAAAUUGCAAAUACUGUGUACCGCAAGAUUUCCAAUAUCGUAAUACAAACAUCUGUCUGAAUAUAAUCACAAGAUGCGCAUCUAAAGAUGCACAGGUGAGUAUAUAAAACAUUGUUGGGAAAACCAUUGACUUACAUUGAAAGGGAGUCUGUAGUCUGUAUUUUCUGCAAGUUCUAUAAAAUGUCAUACAUAAUCUGCAAAGAUUGACCUUUUGUGGCAGGUACCAUUUAAAAUUGCAUUUUUAUACACCAAAAAAUAUGUUCUAUUCAAAAUUGCUUAAAGACCAUGUAAAGUCCGUAAUGUAAACAAACGCUUUGUUUACAUUUUGAACUCAGUGCUACAGUUGUAAAAUAUGAUUAGAUAUAUAUUAUAGUGAAUUUUUAACACUCUUCUGGUUCGCUAUGCUUGUAAAUGAAUACAGACUAGAGAUUCAAUUCAAGAAAGUUCAAAAGAUACGAAAUAUUAAUAACAUUCCAACGGUCGGGUCCCGACCAUUGGAAUGUAAGCCUGCGCAGAACGUAUGCGCAGAACGGACUUUACAUGGUCUUUAAUAAUAAUGAAAACAACCCGGCAUUACUUUUCAAAUAUUUUUGGACUGUAUUCUAAUAGAGGGGGACAUUGGGAUUUACGGUAUGGUGGUAUUAGCUUAUUUUUCUUACGGUAUUUUCCUUGAAAAAUUGCAAAAUACUCUGUAUCUGAAUCUUUGAGCAAAUAAAGAAAUUUUAUAAAUAAUGAAAAUUUGUGUCCUAGACUUUGAACUAGGGUCUGAAAUUUAUAUUUUUUCUCAGUAUCCAACUGGGAUACCAGGAUUCAAAGAUUAGUAUCCCCCCUGAGAAUCCAGUAUCCCACUUCUGGAUACUGGUGACUGGUACCAUAAGUAUUAUAUCCUGUCCCAUCCAAAUAGGUCGUUCCAGAAAAGAUCCAUACCCCCCCCCCCACGGAGGAAAUUUUUGCUGUCUGAAGAAAGAGGGAGGGAAAAUGUCUUAGGAUGUCCGAAGGGGAGGGGAGAGGAAAUACGCAUAUUAAUUUGUCCGAAGGUUUGGGACUGUGAUAAAGCUAUGUGAUCAGCGAUUAUAAUGAGCACACAAUUUUUAUCGGCUAUAGCUCUUAAAAAACGGAGCGUUUAUGUAACAGCAAUAUUUAUAUGUCCACGUAACUCGUAAGCAAAAUAAGUGGCCCACUUUUGCAUGCAUGGCCACCAAAAACUAACUCACUGUAACAUCGUAUCCUGCAUGUUGAGAAUGAGUCGGAAAUUGACACGUUUUAUUUAUAUAAAAGUAAAGUUUUGCAGUUUUCGUUCAUAUAUUAAGCUUGAAUUAUUCAAGUGUUAAAAAUAAUAGUUAUAUUAAACUGUUGCUCAAAUUAAGGUUACAUUAUAUGAUGAAAACACUGAUUUCAUCAUUUUUUACAUUUUUAUUGAUUUAUAUUCAGGGGCUGGAGAUCUCUCCUUUGCCGCAAGUUUUUUUCCAAAAUAUUAAAAUGCGUCCGAAAUAUAACAAAAAAUGCUAUAACCACUUAUUCUUUUGCCAUGAAAGUUGUAAUUGUAAUUGACAAUAUGUGGCUUGAUGUGAUACUCCAUACCGGAUGUGUGACCUUCAACCGCGCUUGUGUUUUCAUGGUGCACGACAGGUCUUCUAUUGUUUACAAUACACACUACUUCUUCUUUUAUUGUUUACAAUACACACUACUAUGUACAAUUAAAAUCAGCUUCAAUCUCGCAGAUUAUGGUGUAAAAACAGGAUAUUGUCAGCUUUAUGCGGAGCUAGUCUGCUGCGUUUUUCAGUGGAAAAGGUUUGUCAUGGUGAACUGUUUGCAUGUUUUUCCUCCACUGAUGAUUACGAUUCGAGAGCUUUUUUCCUGGUAAACUUUACAGUUUACACAAUGCUUUUGUGUUGUCAUCUUCCAAAAUAUCAAACAAUUUUCCCCAAUGCAUUUUAUUUCAAAUAUCAGUAUUCGUUUAAGCCAAUCAGAAAACACAAUGUGGUAUGACUCAACGCAUAGGUGUUUCAACUGUUUUUAAUGACUUCCUCAAAGACGCAGGUUUUGAGACAAAAGACUCAGGUUUUGCAACAAAAUGUGAAAAUAUAUUCGCUUGUAUUCAGUAUUUUAGGCAUGUGCUUGGCAGCUGCAGAAAAAGUCUUAUGGCCGAUUAUCAGAUGAUAAUCGGCUGAUUAACCGAUCAUUUAAAAAAUGGCCGAUUAAUCGGCUUUACCGAUUAUUUACCGAUUAAUUGGCUCAUCCCUAAUGUAAUAUACCCUUUAUAUUUGGUAUUGUAAAAUAUUUUUAAAAAAAAUAAUGCCUAAAUACGCACUGACUUGUUUACUGUGUCACUUCACUUUCGUCGAUUUUCAGGCCAUUUUGUUGAACCCGGCCUAUAUUGUAUAUCAUCUAAUAUUACCCUUUACUAAGUAUACAAAGAUGGGCUGCUGUGCCGCUGGGCAAACUUACAAGGGCAAGACCUAAAUUUCAACACAACUCGCCGAUAAAAUAUUGCCAAACGCUUCUAAAGCUGUGGCUAUACAUAUCUAUGUUUAUUCAAUCUUCAUUAGCUACAGUAACGAUUUAUCAUUAUGCAUGCAAAACUUGAAGGGGAAAACUUGAAAAUUGAGCGCGCGGUGAGCAUUUUGGUGAAAUGGGUUUCCAUCAUGUGGAGUAACCUUAAGAGACUGCUAUGUGAACUGAACUCAAAAUAAUGUGUUUUAGUAUAGUCAAUAAAGCUUCCUUGCGAGGUGUGUGUCUAGAAAAUAGAAAUGGCUGUCAUAUUAAGGGCGAGGUUCAGGCUUUUAGCCAGGGUCCUAAAAGAGGGCAUCUAAUUUUGGUACAAUGAUACAUCUACAAUAAGGGGGGGGGGGGUUCGAGAAAACGUUCCUCUGGAAAACCUUUGAAGUUUACGUGACUUCAUGUCAGUAUCUGUUCCAAGCUCGUUCGAAAUUUUUCAAACACACUUGGCUUUGUGAGUUUGUGCCGCUAUGCUUCUUUACUUAACUACGACAUUUCAUUCAGCCAGGUACACCAUCAAAUUGAUCAAAAUGUCAAAUGUAUAAAAAUAAUGAGAAUUGAAGCUAUUUCGUUUCAGAUAUAUUAAUUUUAAUAUUCUUAGGAAAUCAUUGAAAAUAAUUUCUCUUUUCCCCAGAAUUUGGGCGUCCAAAGGCGCCCAUUUUUUGUUUUAGGGGCGUCCCUGGACGCCCUUCUGGCUAAAAGCCUGGCGAGGUUAAGGAAUGCAGUAAUACUAAAAAAUGCAUUAACAUGUCAAUAAACACAGCAACGCUUGUCAAUCAGUUGCAAGUUACAUUGAAUUUCAGUCCGAAUUUUACUUGAUGGAAUUUCGUGUGAAUGUGUGUUAAUUAUCCGACAAAACCUGCCACAUCUUUCGACGACGUACGUCCCAUCCAAUUAGCCUUUCUCACGCCGCCAUUUUUGGGGUACUGUAAUUUUUUUGUAAACGAUUAUAACAAUGUGAAAAGCAAUAUUUCAGAGCAAACUAACUAUUUACAGAUAGACCAUGGGCAGGUUGGAAAACUUGUAUCAAAUUCCCUACGCGUAGCUGCGAGAGUAUAAAAUUGAUCAGCUGCGAGUGAACCAAUAGUCAGAUGCGAGCUGCGAGUGACUUACAAUCCGAAACAAGCUGCGAUCGUUCUCAAGUCAAGCCAAAUGGCCCAAAUCCGAUUAGGCUUUUGUUUAAAUUAAAUAUGCAUUUUAUUAAACUUAAGAGUAGAACUGUAGUCGGUAGAAAAAAUUCGGUAUGUGGUACGUCCGCUGAUGGUCCAUAUCAAGCCUACGAGUUUGGUUUUACCAUACAGGAAGAGACGGGACGACAUAGAAUUCCCGAGGAAUUGCGGUUUUUCCAGGCAGUAAUUUGGGAUGCAACUCAUCUGUUGAAUUUAGCAGCAACUGACAUAAAAGAAGGAAAGUUUGGAGAAAGUCAACAAUUCUUUACCAAUUUUAUCAAGAGAGCAAAUGAGUUCAAUCACAUGAUGGGAACAGGAAAAGGCUUCGCGCAACUUGAACUGAGUGGAAAAAAACAGUUCAAAACGAGUAUCUGUUAUUGUCUUGUUUGCCGCUCAACGUUUCUUAAGCUCUGCAGUUGGCCAAUGGAAAUCAAUGGAAAAAGCAUUCCCAGUCCUAAGAAAAUCAUUUCAAGCUACUCAUUAUAAUGCAGAUGAAGACUUCCCAUUACAGUACAGGAUGUUCGGACAAAAUUUUGUCGUGGAUCUACUUGGCUUGUUAGACAUCACAACACCGUUAUGCGAGUUAAUGGUGUUGUCGCAAAGUGUGGACUUUCUUCAUUGGAAAAUUGUAUUCUGGGGUCAACGAAUGAUUUCCUGAAUGGGGACAAUGGUAGAUAAUCUAACCUGUACACCACGGUACAAGAAACAUCUACUAUUGUUCCCAGUAAACUGCGAAACGAUCGUUUUUUUAGGCGCUUUGUCAGUGACAGUUUUGUCAAUUACGAAGGACAUGUUUGUGUACCUCGUGAUCACAAUUCGUUGCAAGCGUCAUGUGAAAAACUGCAAGUUUCAGUUUGACAGUUACAUGAGUUUCUAAUUUUAUUGUCCAAUCAGAUGCGUAGUUUUGAAUUUUAAAUCAAAACUACGCACCUGAUUGGACAAUAAAAUUAGAAACCAUUUAACUGUCAGAACUGUCAAACUGAAACUUGCAGUUUUUCACACGCCGCUUGCAACGAAUUGUGAUCACGAGGUACACAAACAUGUCCUUCGUAAUUGACAAAACUGUCACUGACAAAGCGCCUAAAAAAACGGUCGUUUCGCAGUUUACUGGGAACAAUAGUACAAGACCUUAAGAACUAUAUUUGUUUGAAGAAGUUCAGCUUUUCGAGGGAUGGCAUUUGCUGAGCAAUGAUAGGAUGGUGCAUCCGGAUUAUGGCGAAGAAGCAAUGUAUACCUGGAUUGAAAGAUCAUUAGAACAGUCGAUGAAGGAAUUGAAAAAGUUUGCUAUAGAUUUAAAAGCUUCGUCACAAACAGAUUAG